UCUUGAACGGCAUACACGUAUUCGGCACUGCAUAAUUUCUUGCCUUUACGCAGCGUGCCACUCCUGAAAAAAUCUUCGGCGCCCGAUAUUCGCUGCAGGCCGUGAUACAACACAACCGAAAGUGGCGGGUCCAUAUUGUAAACGUGCUUUCCGAAGCAGACGACCGAGCUUGGUACGACCCAUUUUAGGACAGAGGGCGCUUUUUAGCACCUUUUUCGCAGCGCCCCCUGGGCAAUGCAAGAGCCCCAUGGCACCAUCCGCUAGCCCCACUAUGGGAACAUGACGGGAGUGAUGGGAGUACACAAAGCAAAGUUGGUUCUUUAUUCUAUGCACAAAGCCACAAAGCGCGCUACGCGAACUGCCGUACGACCGUCGUUAAGCAAAUGAGAAUGUCAGCUGUGACUGACUUUUUCCGGCACGUUGACCCUGUGUGUAUCUUCAUAGUGUUCUCCCGAAUCAUCUUCGCUGUCGUAUUCCUGCAGACAGGUUAUGUACACCCUGAUGAGUUCUUCCAAAACACCGAAGUCGUUGCAGGUGAUCUGUUCGGGCUCAAGAUCCAUCGGACAUGGGAGUUCACCAGUCCGUACCCUAUACGUAGUAUGACCACCAUCUGGAUGACCACUCUUAUACCACUGUCAAUUCUAAAGUGGACGUGGUCAUGUGUAGCCACAGCUGGGACACUGCCGUCGCCUGUACUGCUUCUGAUUGUGCCGCGGAUAUUUGCUUGUGCUGCAUCAUUUGUCUGCGACUAUGCCAUUUACCAUCUGGCAGCACCGCCUGCAAAACGGAAAAGACGCUUCAAGGCUCUUACAUUUUUUGGCACCUCCUAUGUGACAUACGUGUUCUACACGAGGACAUUCAGUAAUUCCAUUGAAUCGUUUCUGCUAGCACUGCUGUUGCUCUGUGUCAAAAAUGUCAUGCACAACGACCAACUGAAGCUAAAAGAUGCGCGUGUAAAAGUAUCACGGAGGUACUGUUUUAUAGCAUUUUUGCUGUGCAUUGGGACAUUCAACCGGCCCACUUUCAUUUGCUUUGCCCUGCCAGCCAUUGUCUUCUGGUUGUGCAGCAGAGUCGACCGCAACGUUAAAACCAAGAAACGGCGCACACAUGCCCAAAUAGCACAGAAACUUGCAAAACGUGUGGCAAAGCUUGGCAUGUGUUUCUUACUGUGGGCUCAAUAUCCCAUCAUGUUUGACACUUUUUACUUUCACCCCGAAACUUUCUCCCGUGAUGGCCCCCGGCGUCUCGUUGUGGCACCACUAAACUUCAUUCUUUACAAUCUCGACACAGCCAAUUUAGAGUUGCAUGGGAGGCAUCCCAACUUCCUGCACCUCCUCGUCAACUUCCCCCUUCUGUUCAAUGUCCUUGCAAUCCCAGCCCUCUGGGCCUCCUGCAAGGUUCUGUACGACAGGUUGUCACGUACUUCAAGACCAGUGUGCCCUGAAACCCUCACGGUCUCCAAGACAUUUGACACAGUCGCUGCCUGCACCCUUCUACUUCCAUUAUGCGCCUUGUCACUUUUCAAGCACCAGGAACCACGCUUCCUGGUGCCGCUGUUGAUCCCAGUGGUUCUCAUGGCACAGCGGCAUUCCUCAACGAAACUGAUGGAGUUCUGCUGGGGUUUACCUAACCUUCUCUUCAUGGUUUUCUUUGGCUUUGUGCACCAGGGUGGCUUGAUUCCAUGCAUGUUAGGCGUCCAUGGGCAUCUCGCACAGUACAAGCCCAACGUGAGCGCUACGAUCAUGUUCGCCCACACAUACAUGCCACCUCGUCAUCUGCUGACCGUGAAGGAAGGCAGUGCCGCGGUGGACAUUGUCGACAUGAUGGGCACCAACUUGAAAGGGCACGACCUGAUGCUUUAUUUCAUGCAAAAUCGGACUUCCUUGAACUAUCUCGUUGCACCACCUUCAUUCGUAGAUUCCGAGAUGGAAUUAUGGAAAGAUUACUUGCACAUACUGUGUACUUCCUAUAUACACUUCAGCAGUGAACACCUCCCACAUUUUAGCUAUGCAGACUAUCUUCAUGGAAGGGUGUCGCUCUCAGAUUUAACCAAGGCCUUGACACUGAAUGUGUACUUGGUGCAGCUUCCCAAGUGGUGAUGGCAAUGUGCUUGUGACCAUGUGGUGUUAGAAACAUUGCUUGCGCUUUGCUGCACAUUGCAGAGAAGUGCAUUUUGAGUCUGUAGUAUGCUUGUUUCAUCGUGUGGCUGUCAGCAAAAUGCACAUGCAUGAAA